AUGAAAUACCUUGGCGUAUACAUCGAUAAGAAAUGGGCAUUUAACACCCACGUGAAUUACGUUGCCGAAAAGAUUUCCAAAGUAAAUCGUGCUCUGUGCGCAAUCCUACCCAACCUCAGGGGACCUAUUGAGAACAAGCGCCGGCUGUACUACUCCGUGGCAACUUCUAUUGCGCUCUAUGCCGCUCCCAUCUGGAGCGAGGAGUUUAUGGCCUCUGAGAAUAAGCAGAGACGGAUGCGCCACGCGCUCCGACUAUCAGCGUUAAGAACCAUAAUGGCUUAUCGUACUGUUUCAUACGAGGCGGCUACGCUCCUGGCCCGUGUUCCGCCUCUGCAUUUGUAUGCAGAUUUCUUGAGAAGGACAUACUUCCGACACCGAAGAAUAAAGGAGAAUGGAACGUACAAUGAGGUAUCGGCUCCGGCUGUACGCUUGGAAGAAUGGGAGGCACUACGAGUGCAAUGGCGCGCUCACAUCGCGCAGGGAAACCUCCCGGGAAGAAGAACAAGAGAGGCGAUUGGCCCCAGUUUUGAAGACUGGCUAGAUAGCAGUUCCGGCUUCCUUACUUACAGACUGACUCAGUUUCUAACAGGUCACGGGUGUUUUGGCACCUACUUAUACAAAAUUGGUAAGGAGGACACCCCAAUAUGUCGGUACUGUGAUGUGGAAGAAGACACCCCAGAGCACACCCUGGAGGUGUGCCAUUUCUGGGCUCUAGAGCGCGGUGAACUCGCUGCUGCGAUAGGUCAAAAUCUCUCUCUGGGAAACAUCGUUGCUCGGAUCUGCAACUCGAAAGAACGAUGGAACGCAUUUUCGGUUUUCGCUGAACGCGUUCUCCAGCGCAAGGAGGAAGAUGAGCGGAGGAGGCAGCAGCAAAUGGUCAUCGAUCCGGGAUAA